AUGUCUGGAAAACUCGUCCCUCUUACCGUCAUCAAGGGCGCUGGCCACGAGUUCAUCCCUCUUCCCCAGGGAGAGAACGCCACCACAGCCGACUUCCAUUCCAUCCGCACAAAGACCGAGUCCCCCGCAUACUUCACAUCUGGUUUCUACAAGAUUGAGGCUGGCCCUGAACGUCCUGCUCUUUACAACUUUGAGGAGACCAAGUAUGUCCUGAGUGGUCAAAUUGACGUUUUGGACGAAGCUACCGGCAUCACUCACCACCUUGUCCCUGGUGACUUUGCUUUCUUCCACGUCGGCUCCAAAGUCAAGUUCUCUACACAAUCCCAAGGCUUCGCUUUCUACGCCGUCACUCGCCCUGUUCGUGCCCCUCACCCUCACUUGGUGGGCCGCGAGGAGGAUACCAAGUCUCGUUUGUAA